UCCCAUGGCCAAACCAGUUGAGAAAGAUUGUAUUAAAGUAAAUUAUACAUUAAUGUCUUAUAGGCCCUAUAUAAAGAUAUAUAUUAAUACCCAUAAUUAACUUUUCAGAAUAAUUUAAUUUCAGAAUCAGAAAGAGCUUUAUUGCCAAGUAUGUUUAUACACACAAGGAAUUUGUCUUGGCAACAGGAGCUUCCAGUGCAGAAGAAAGUACAGACAUACAUAGGAAUUACACAGUAGAGAAUAAAUAUAACAAUAAUAUAAGAAAACAAAAAUUUUAAUAAUGCAAUAUAAUACAGUAGUAGAAAACUAGAGAAAAAUAUAAUUGUUUUACUGAAUGUACAGAUAUGUUAUUUAAAAGCUUACAGUUUAUGUAAUUUACAAAUCUACAAUUUUUAGAUAUUAUGUACAAAUGUACAGUUAUUUUAGACAGUGUAUAUUAUGGGAGUUUUUAAUUGUCCAGGCUGAAUAUAGCCUGGCUAUUCUAGUGGUCGGUGCUCUGUAGCGCAGACCAGAGGACAACAGUUCAAAGACAAGGUGGGCUGGGUGUAUGGGGUCCAAAGUGAUUUUCUUAGCCCUAUUUCUCACUCUGGAGGUGUAAAGAUCUUGGAGGUUGGGCAGAAGGGAACCAAUAAUCAUCUCAGCCGUCCUGACUGUCCGUUGUAUUCUCCUCAUGAGUGAUUUGGUAGCUGAACCAAACCAGGACAGACUCAAUGAUGGUUGAGUAGAAAUGUUUCAGCAGUUCCUGUCCUGUGGCAGGUUGAGCUUCCUCUGCUGGGCCUUUUUCACAGUGGAGUCUAUGCGAGUGUCCCACUUUAGGUCCUCAGACAGCUCUACUCAGCCAGAGUCAUUUUAAAAUCUACUCAGAGUUCAUCACUUUUCAUUCUUAUUCUGUAUUUAUCCACGAUUACACACAAAAAAAAAUAUAAAUAAUAAAAAUAAAAAGUUUUUGAAAUGUUUUUAUGUACCUGUUUCUCUGCCUAAAUUCUCCUGAUUGAUUGGCUCUCAUGUGUUUGGGUUAACACGUGCCUCAUUGAGGGGGAGGAGCCUCUGCACGAUGCUCGACCGUGAUUGGUCAGACAGCUCAUUCAGCACCGCCUCUCCACAGUCACUGGAGACGCUGUUACAUAGUCACCAUGCUUUAAAAUACUGAAAGUUUAUGUAUUUAAUGUAAUCAAUUAUCAAUACAUUUUCAGAUGUAUCGAUAAUGAAACCUGCAUGUGAUAUAAACCAGAAGUAAAACAGGUAUUUAUUUAUUUUUUUUACAGCCGACUACAGUUAUGAAACCCCCGCUGCGGCUUCUUUUGUAACCUGUCAACUCGUCAUUCAUUCGUUUUGUAACGCGGCUCGGCGCGCUCGCGGAUACAUUGUAGGCUAUCCGUCUGUUUUUUUAUGACGCAAACUGUUACAAAUGAUUUUAAUAUAUUUUAGCGUCGAAAAGUGACGGAUUUGGUCAAAGAGAAUGUCUGUAGGCAACGAUUUGAAGUCCGUGUCUCAGGUCCGUGAGCUCCUGAGAGAUCUGAUGUUGGGUCGUGAGGAUCCGGACGGGUUUUUCUGUCUGUGUUUGUCUCUGCUGGGGGACACAGACACCCGAACACACUUUCUGGACGUGAUCAAACCCAUUUCAUCCGGACAUGAACAUCUACACAGUCAGCUGACUCAAAUCUUUCUGGAGUACUUCUCUAAGGAUGAAGCAGAUGAAUUAGAGCUGGCCUUAACACUGUCUCUUAAUGAAACCAAGCAAAUCAAAAGAGAUUUUAGGCAGCAGGAUUCAGACCAUCACCCUAAUGUGCCUCCCUGUUACAAAAGCUAUGCUGACACGACUACAGUAACUUCAGGUGUUGAUCAGCUAAAAGUCAGUGUAGCUUCAAAGAACCAGCCUAUUGCAAAACGUACACUAGAUACCGAAGUACAUAAAACCACAUGUGCCAUUAAAAACAUAAAUAAAGACAAUGAUGAUCUCGAAGUCGCAAAGUCAACGAGGUCACAAAGGCGUCGUCUGCGUAAGAAGCAACUUUUGUCGAAGAACCCAUCAGGAUCCGCGACCCGUUCUGCUGUGGUUCAGGAGGGACCUCCGCAUUUGGGAUAACCCUGCUCUGAUUGGCUGCCUGGAGCUUGGUGCACCAGUAAUACCAGUCUUUUUGUGGAAUGCAGUGGAGGAGGAUGGACCUGGGGUUACCGUGGCAACUGGUGGGGCGUCUAAAUACUGGCUGCAUCAGGCACUAGUGAGUCUGAACCUUUCUCUAGAGCAGCUUGGAAGUCACUUGGUGACUCUGAAGGCAGAGCCCUCAUCUUUGACAGCGCUGCAGGGGUUGAUCGCUGAUGGGGCAGCAUCGGUCGUGGCAACGGCCCUGUAUGAGCCGUGGCUGAAGGAAAGAGAUGACAGAGUGUGGGAGACACUGGAGAAACAAGGUGUUAAUUGCCACAUCUACCAUUCCUACUGCCUUAGAGACCCCUACAAGGUCACCACACGGGGCGUCGGGCUACGAGGUAUUGGCUCUGUAUCUCACUUUAUGAACUGCUGCCAGCAGAACCCUGCCAGUGGACUGGGAGCUCCACUGGAUGCCCCCGGUGCCCUGCCUGCCCCUUCAACAUGGCCGCAGGGAUGCCCGCUUAUAGAUCUGGAGCUUGCACGCAUGCCACGCAGGAAAGAUGGCACAGAGAUUGACUGGGCCGUGAACAUUCGGAAAUCAUGGGACUUCAGUGAAGAAGGAGCUCAGGCCCAUCUUGAGGCCUUCCUGCGAGAUGGUGUGUACCGUUAUGAAAAGGAGUCAAGUCGUGCGGAUGCCCCCAACACCAGCUCUCUAUCUCCAUAUCUGCACUUUGGGCAGCUGAGUGCACGCAGCCUAUUAUGUGACUCCCGUGGAGCUCACUGCAGAUCUCCCAAAUUCCAGCGCAAACUGGCCUGGAGGGACCUGGCGUACUGGCAGCUGUGCCUUUUCCCAGACCUGCCCUGGGAGUCCCUCAGGCCACCGUAUAAGGCUAUGCGCUGGAGUUCAGAUCGUGUCCAUCUGAAGGCCUGGCAGCGUGGAUUCACAGGGUACCCGCUGGUAGAUGCAGCAAUGAGACAGCUGUGGCAAACUGGCUGGAUGAACAACUACAUGAGACAUGUGGUGGCCUCUUUCCUCAUUGCCUAUUUGCAUAUUCCCUGGCAAGAAGGAUACCGCUGGUUUCAGGACACAUUGGUAGAUGCUGAUGUUGCCAUAGAUGCCAUGAUGUGGCAAAAUGGAGGAAUGUGUGGACUGGAUCAUUGGAACUUCGUCAUGCACCCUGUUGAUGCAGCAUUGACCUGUGACCCCUAUGGUACCUAUGUGCGGCAAUGGUGUCCUGAACUGAAGGCACUUCCCGAUGACCUCAUCCAUAAGCCCUGGAAGUGUCCAGCGUCAAUGCUGCGUAGGACAGGUGUGGUUUUAGGGGGCAACUACCCAGAGCGGGUUGUUAUUGACCUUGAGGAGCGACGUGCACAGUCUCUGCAGGAUGUUGCGUCAGUGCGGAGGCAUUUUAGAGAGUUUGUAGACCAGCGAUCAGGCUGUGACCUGGUGCCUCUGCCUGCCAGGCUGGUGCAGGAAGCUCUGGGCAGUAUGGAGGAAGUUGUGAGGCAUGAAGGAACUGGGUUCCUCCUCCCAGUCAUCACACGCAUGGAGUUUAAACACCAUUCGGAGGAUCCAGACAGGCAAGACAACCCAUACAGCGCUGUGCUAAAGGGCUACGUCAGUCGCAAACGAGACGAAACCAUUGCCUUCCUAAACGAGCGAGACUUCACAGCCAGCGUGAUGUGUGAGAGCGCACAGCGUAGAGAGAGGUUAGAGAGGGACUCUUGUCUUCUGGAGGGUCUACCUCACCCCACAGCCUCACGUGGCCGGGCCAGGCGUACCCCAACCAGAGACCCUUACAGCAAAGUGCCUGGGGGUGUCGCUAUUCCCCACAGAUAACAGAAUGACAUGUUAAAGCGGAAUACACUAAAUGCCUUUUUUUUUUUUUCCACAAUUUGCAUUCUGGAUCAGUCGAUUCCAGUUGCCGAACGUCAGCCAGUCUGCAGAUUUUUUUUAGUCAGAGUUGACAGAUUUCACACAUAUUCACGAAGAUUCUCUUCCAUUCAGAGUAUAUCAAAUAUAUUUGAUAUUUUGAGCCAGUUUUUACACAUAUUGUUUUUUGUAAUGUAAUGCAAGAUAGCUCUUCCAUUCAGAGUAUAUCAAAUAUAUUUGAUGUUUUGAGCCAGUUUUUACACAUAUUGUUUUUUGUAAUGUUUCUCUUGGCAACGAGGCUCUUGUUUCUGCAUGAGUUUGUUGUGUUCAGAAUGAAAGUCUGGUAGUGUGUAAUCCUCAGGCAUUUAUUGUAUGAUGCCCGGUUUUGCUCUGUAACUGAUUAAUAACCAAAUCUAUUCAGAUUUUAAGUCAUGUAGUGUAUUCCAGCUUUAGUGCCUUUAACUUUUACAAAAUUUAACAGACUUUUUAGUCUUACUUUGGUAUAUAAUUCAAUACAAAUGAUAUAUUUAGAAUCUUUU